UCACCUGCCCCCAGACUCAGCCAGUUGUGGGAAGAUAGUUGUGCCUGUCAUUCUAGGAGGAGGUGGGGUAGAAGAUGACUGGAUUCAGUACCCACAGGGCUAGAAGGACCUAUGGGGUUGGAGUUGGGUCUGUCUGUCCCUCCUUCUGGUUAGGGGUUGGAGGCACCACUGUCUAGGCAAAGGGCAGAUACCUCUCCCCUUUCUCGUGGCUAACCUCCAGUGCCCAAGGGAAGGCGGAGUGAAGGGGACAGGGUCUAGCCCAAGAUGAUGGUCUAAGCAGCAUCCUUCCCUUGCCUACUUCCCUAACAGCCCUUAACCCUCCAAGCACCUAGGAAUCCACUCAGCCCCACCCUAUUUGAUUUACCUGUCUCAAAAACACAGGUAAGAAAAGGGUUAGGGGAUAAAAACCCUUAUAACCAAGUAAGAAACUGGGUGGUAUUCAAAGGUGGCCAGUGAAGGCCACCCAAUCCAAGUGUGGGUCUCUCAGCCAGCAGGUCCAUGGCUGGCAGGCCUGUGCCCCCCGGACGCCAGGAGGAGACUGUCAAAGACCCUGGGUUGAAACUAUCACCUGUGCGGCCUCCAGGCCACCUGCCCAGCGUUGAUGAGGCCCGGCCAGCAGGUCCGGGCCCAGCCUCCCGCCGUGGCUCUGUGCUGGGCCUGGCUUCCUCCUUUUCCCGCUGCAACUCACAGGCUGGACCAGGCAUUGGUCCUGGGGGUCGGCGACCAUCCUUGGGUCCAGUGCCCCCCUUAUGCUCGCGGGUCAGCUUCUCCGGGUUGCCCCUAGCACCUCCCCGGCGGAUGGCGCCCUCAUAUCGCACUGAGCCAGCACCUGGGGAGCGCUGGGAGGCCACGCGAGCACAACGUACCCUGGAGGAAGUGCUGGCCAAGCGACUGCAGGACACAGACUACUCUGGCACCAAGGCGGGGCCGCUGGCACGAGAGCUGUGUGAACUGGUGCACAUGCGCCUGCGGGAGCUCAGCCCGCCGCGCUACAAGCUGGUGUGCAGCGUGGUGCUGGGGCAGCACACUGGCCAGGGUGUGCACGUGGUCAGCCGCGCGCUCUGGGACUCAGCGCAUGACGGCCUGGCCUCUGCCACCUUCACCAACGCCUCGCUCUUUGCAGUGGCCACGGUCCAUGGGCUCUACUACGAGUGA